GACACCCCCCUUCGCGACGAAUACCCCAACACAGCUCGACUUCGCUUCCUUGUCGAACUGAAUUCUCGCAACAAUGGCGACCGAGUUGACCGUCCAGUCGGAACGUGCGUUCCAGAAGCAGCCUCACAUCUUCGUCAACCCUAAGACCAAGGCCAAGAGCAAGAAGGUCGGCCAGGGUCGGAGAUGGUACAAGGACGUCGGUCUGGGUUUCCGUACCCCCAAGAACGCCAUUGAGGGCAACUACAUCGACAAGAAGUGCCCCUUCACUGGUCAGGUCUCCAUCCGUGGCCGUAUCCUGACCGGCCGUGUCGUCUCCACCAAGAUGCACCGUACCAUCGUCAUCCGCCGUGAAUACCUCCACUACGUCCCCAAGUACAACCGUUACGAGAAGCGCCACAAGAACCUGGCUGCUCACGUUUCGCCCGCUUUCCGUGUUGAGGAGGGUGACUGGGUUACCGUCGGCCAGUGCCGUCCUCUCUCCAAGACCGUCCGUUUCAACACCCUGCGUGUCCUUCCCCGUACCGGCAAGGCCGUCAAGGCUUUCAGCAAGUUCUAAGCGUGUCGACGUUGAAGGGGGUGUUUCCGAUAGGUUGAAAUAACCUAGGGCAGCGGCGUGAAUGGAUAUAAGCGAACUAGUUUAACGGGUUGGGAUUGUUUCACGAUUUCAUGUCCCUACCCUUUGAGGAGAUAUCCAAUGAAAUAAAAAAAGCUUUUUCGAUCCUCCCCCUGUGAUAAGAGUUCCACUAGUGGAGAUCGCAUCUCGGAAGAAGGCAUUCUUAUGCGUGACAGUUCUUGUGUUGGUUUUUUUUUUAUCCUCUGUUCUACUUCCCAAUACUGUACGAGUUUUGGUGUUUCAUUUGAUGACUUCCA